AUGAUCGUUUCGGCUGCUGAUCGAAGGAAAAGAUUGAUGAGAAGAAUCCACACGCUCCAAUCGGAGGACCAUAGUACACAUGGAAGUUCGCUUGAUCUAGACUUCUCGUUGCCGCUCGACGAUGAGAGUUCCGAGGGACAAUCCAGUCCACCUGUGAUUGAUAAAAAUUUACUAUUUGUUCCCGAUAUUCAUGAACUAGCAUUGGACAAAGGAGAAAGACCUCCUCACAAGCGGGAUGUUAUCGAGAAGAUUCCGAUGCGUGCUCGGUCACAAAGUUGGCUAAUCCGUACUCGACAUCUACUGCAUGAUGACAGGCAAACUUCACCGCUCAUUUCUCACAUGAUGCUUAUAUUCUCCAUUCUACUAUUUUUCAUGUCCUUACCUUGGAGUUUGUUGUUCUGUUUUAAAGUAAUAAAAGAAUAUCAACGUGCUGUGAUCUUCCGUUUGGGACGUUUAAUCCGCGGUGGAACAAAAGGACCAGGAUUAUUUUUCAUACUUCCAUGUAUCGACACUUGUAAAAUUGUCGAUCUCCGAGUGCUUUCAUUCGAUGUGCCACCUCAAGAAAUUCUCAGUCGUGAUUCAGUGACUGUGUCUGUAGAGGCUGUUAUCUAUUUCCGAGUUUCAAAUCCGGUAAUAUCAGUGACGAAUGUAAAUGAUGCUCAGUUCAGUACCCGUCUUCUUGCUCAGACCACUCUUCGGAAUGUUUUAGGAACAAAAACCCUCAGUGAAAUGCUGUCCGAACGUGAUGCUAUAGCAAGUAUAACAGAAAAAGUACUCGACGAAGGAACAGAUCCGUGGGGUGUGAAGGUGGAACGUGUCGAAAUCAAAGACAUCCGUCUACCCCACAUGCUAAUGCGAAGCAUGGCAGCCGAAGCGGAAGCUGUUCGUCGAGCCCGAGCUGCUGUUAUCCAUGCCGAAGGCGAAAAAAGUGCUUCUCGGUUGGUGGAUGUCAGAAGCAGCGGAGAUUAUCAGCGAGAACAAGAUUGGGGUACAGCUUCGCUAUCUCCAGACUUUACAUUCAAUUGCUGCACAGAGGUUCGUUAUUCAGUUAUUGUACUAAGGCAUAGAAAUUCCUAUGAAUCAUUGAAAAGCUUUCAACGCUUCCAACUCUGA